UAUUUGAAGUUACUUGUGAAGGAGACCCUGCGAGCACACCCUCCGUCUGCUCUGUUACUUCCAAGAGAAUCUAAAGAGAGGUGUGAAAUCAAUGGGUAUGAAAUUCCUGCAAAAACUAAAGUAAUUGUUAAUGCGUGGGCAAUUGCAAGAGACCCAAAAUAUUGGACUGAGCCUGAGAGCUUUAUUCCAGAGAGAUUCCUAAUUGAUAGCUCUCUUGACUAUAAGGGGACUAAUUUCCAGUAUCUCCCAUCUGGAUCUGGAAGGAGGGUAUGCCCAGGCUAUACAUUUGGCCUUGUCAUUGUUGAGUACGCAAUUGCUCUGCUUUUAUACCAUUUUGAUUGGACUCUUCCCAAUGGAAUGAAGUAUCAAGAUCUGGACAUGACUGAUAUAGCCGGAGCUACAGUUGGAAGAAAGGAAGAUCUGCUUUUGAUUCCAACUGUUCAUGCUAAUCUCUUGCCGCUUGAAUAA